AUGAAGAGAAAUUCAAUGUUGGAAGAAUUAGAAGUUGAGGUAGAAGAUGGCUCGUCGGAGUUCAAUAAUGGAAUUCAAUGGAAACGAGGUCGGCUCAUUGGAAAAGGAAGCUUCGGAUCAGUUUUCUUGGCUUCACUCAAACCACACAUCAGUAUUAAGUACAGCAUUUUCCCUUCCGUAAUGGCUGUUAAAUCCGCUGAAAUUUCCGUUUCCGAAACCCUACAAAAGGAAAAGCAAAAUUAUGAUAACUUGAAAGGAUGCAGUUCAUUGAUCCAAUGCUUCGGCGAAGAGAUUACUACUGACCAUAACGGUCACAUGAUUUAUAAUUUGUUGCUUGAAGUUGCUACUGGAGGAACCCUAGCUCACCAUAUUAAAAACACUGGUGGAAAGGGUUUAGAAGAAAAUGUAGUUCGGAACUACACAAAAUCAAUAAUCAAAGGAUUAAUUCACAUUCACCGAUCUCAAUACGUUCACUGUGAUUUGAAGCCUGCAAAUAUCCUAUUGAUACCGAAGAAUAAUACAACAACGAAUCGCCAGUUCAUUGCAAAGAUCGCCGAUCUAGGGUUGGCGAGAAGAACAAGCAAGACAAAGGGAAGCUAUUGUUUAGGAGGGACAUUCUCCUACAUGGCGCCAGAGACAUUGAUUGACGGCGUACAAGAAUCAACCAGUGAUAUUUGGGCACUCGGGUGUAUUGUGCUUGAAAUGCUGACCGGGAACCGCGCGUGGGCAGCCACCGACAAGGUUGGGAUUGUGAAAGAGAUGACGGAGAAUCUCCAUGGAAUGCCAAAGAUUCCAGACGGGUUAUCGGUGGAGGCAACCGGGUUCUUGAAGAAUUGUCUUGUGAGGAAGCCGGAGUUCAGGUUCACGGCGGAGAUGCUGAUGAAUGUGCCGUUCGUGGCGGCGGCUGUAGAUCAAGAACAAGAUUUUAAUACUAUGAAAGCUCCAACAUCUGUGACAAAGUGGCCUAGGCAGUUUAAGAGGCAAAGAAUAAUUCCAAUUAAAGCGGUGUGA